UCUGCCCGGACGACGGCCGACGGGUUAGUAGGUGUGACUGUGAGCCAGUGAGCGGAUGAGCUCACGGAUGGCCCGCAAGGAAAGCGAAGACGGGUGCCUAAAUCUUGAACCGUAAGGAGACUAGAGUCAAUUUUUCUUUAACCUUGUGUAGUGUCGACCGACGAAGCCACCGGAUCCUGGCGCCUAGUUGUGACGCUGGCCACCAGAUGGCAGUCGGGCGGCGCCCGGAGAUGAGCCGCCGGCACCAAAGCAAUCAUCCAUCCAGAUGCUACCUCCUCUGACGGGGCCGGCCGGCCACCAGUGCCGCCGCCCGCCGGUGACGGGAGGCAGUGUCACGUGCUAGUGUGCCUGCGUCUGGUCACGCUACGCCCGCCGGACGAAACUGCACGGGACUUUGUCGGUAAGGAUGAAGCUGCACGAGUGGGGCCUGCUGCUGCUGGCCUAUGUGCUGCUGCUACUGAUCGGAGCCGCCUCCUUCUACUUCCUGGAGCGGGGACACGAGGAGGCCCAGAGACAGCGGCUGCUGCAGCUGAGGAGCGAGGUUCACAGCGAGCUGAUCAGCGGGGCCAACGAGAGCACGGUAACGCGUCGCCAGGCGCUGCUGCGGCGCAUCUCUGACCAAUGCGGCGCGGACAUAAGCGACACGGGCCGGCCGCCGGCCGUCGUCUGGAACGAGUACAACAGCUUCUUCUUCUGCUUCACGGUCGUCACCACCAUCGGUUUCGGCCACAUAGCUCCCUCCACAACUCUGGGACGUGUGGUAUGCAUCCUGUAUGCUCUGGUUGGCAUACCAUUCAAUGGGAUACUGCUAAAGAAUAUAUCGGAUCUCUUCAGCAACAAGGUGAUCCGCGCCCGUCAGCGGAUCAAGAGCCGGCGCUACCAGACGCGUCUGGAGGUGCUCGUGGACACGCUGUUCUACUUGUUCCCGGCCGUGCUGCUGUUCUUCCUGCUCCCGGCCGGCAUAUUUAUAAUGCUGGAGGACUGGGAUUUUGUGCAAGCUCUCUACUUCAGCUUCAUUACCCUGACCACUAUCGGGUUUGGUGACCUGGUGCCAGGCAAGGCAGGUGGCUCUGAUUACGAGUCCGCCUGGCUGUGGCUGUACAAGAUUGGUCUGGUGGUUUGGAUUGUGUUCGGCCUCGGGUAUCUACUAAUGAUACUGGAGUUCAUAUCACGCGCACUGUAUUCAAAGAAAAUAUUGAGUCUCGAGAAGAAGCUUGUGAAAGGCAUUUCAAGAACAAAACAGACAUUCCAAAAGAAUAUAUCCAAAGAAGUUGUACUGUUUAAGAAGCUUUUAAACGAGCUCGCAAUGGAUCGGAGAGUGAAUGCGGUGCCACCUCGCGGCGUGGCUCGGACUCAGAGUUUCCCGAACCUGGCGGCAGGCGGCGGGGACGCGCCGGAGGACGUCGCUGCCGAGCCGCCGGCACCUCUGCGGCGGACCGGGUCGCUGAGCGAGGUGCCGCUGGGCGAGGGGGGCGGUGCCGGCGACAGCGCGCCGCUGGCCGCCGCCCCGCUGUCCGCCGGGUCGGCCACCGACCUGGCCGCCGUGCUGGCCGCGGUGGUCGAGCAGCGGCCGGAGCCGGGCCCCGACGCGGAGCCGGCGCCCGCCAGCCAGGUGCCCUCAGUCGACUCCGCUCUUGAGUUACUACUCCAAGCCAAGGUGACGCUCGAGUGGGACGUCAGCUCCGAAGGCAGCGGUCAAGUCGUUUGCGACGAUGCUGCUGAUGGCGGUGGCGUCGCUGAGGACGUCGAUGACGGUGGCGGCGGGGAGGAGGCGCAGUGGAGCCCGGAUCCUCCGGCGGCGGGGGAUGGGGAGCCAUCGGCCGACGCCGGCUUCCUCCGGCGACUGCAGCACGCCUGGCAGAACCGGCCCAGCCUGCUGCCGGGCGUGUGGCCGGAGCGAGCACCCCGCGGCCCACCGCCGAGCCGGCGCCGGCGCCGCGCCACCACCAGUGUGGCUGACCUGCUGCGCCUGAUGCGGGUGGCGGCGGCGGCGCGGCACAGUCCUCGGCGACCGGCCGGAGCGGCCCCGACCCGGAGACCCCGCCGGCGCCGGACCACCGCCCACUCACCGGCCGUGGUUACCUUCCAGACCGAGAACACGCGGUUGUGACGUGCUCUGAGCCUGGCGAAGACGAACUCCUUGUGACCCAGCCAGUAUACGGCUCCGACUCAAACGAUGUAUAGAGAGGAUAUGCAGACAUUUCUGUCUCAGCUCAAUCAAACUCGCUUUGUAUGUGUGCGUACGGCGCGUAUGAGCGUACGUACGCACACUUAGUGUCUUCCUUUCAGGAAGGUCGCUGUGAGAAUGUGACAGCUUAGCCAGGCGACCCCUGGGACAGCCUUGGAUUGAAAACAAUUUUCCCCGAAGCUUACAUACCUAUCGUAAAUACGUGAGCCGUGAGGGAGCUGCUCGCCUAGCUCACCGAGGAAACCACUGGAGAUGCAAAGGUACAAGGUGUGACGUGGUGAAUGAUAGACAAGUUGCUAUGCUGUACAUUAUGCAUGACAAGUUGUUAUAAUGUGCCUUAUGCAUACGUUUUGAUAGUUGACACAUUUUAUCUCGUAUUUUUAGAUAAGUAUAUUUGUAUGCAAUGCACAAACAUAACUAUGAAAGAUUGUCUACUUCGCUCUCCUUGAGACAAUCGAUUCUCCUUCAUCUUAGGACUGCUAACGAGAAUAAAGAGACUGCCGACGUCA